UUUCUCAUAAUCUCUCUCUAGUUGUAAUCUAUUUUAGGAAAUGAAAAUUAUGCGAAUAUCUGUGAGAUGAAAUAGCCCGGAUCUCGUUGAGCCAGAUGCUAGGAAAAUGGGAGCUUCCAAACUUUCUGGGAUGCAAAAGCAAGUCUUGAGUCUCUACAGAGGAUUUCUAAGAGCAGCUCGUUCUAGGCCAACAGAAGACAGGAAGAGAAUAGAGAUGAUCGUGUCAACAGAAUUCCGCCACAACUCUAAGGAGGUUGACCGUAAGAAUUUCCAGUACAUCGAGUAUUUGCUUCGCUUAGGUACUAAACAGCUUGAUCAACUCAAAAGCCCCGACAUAGUUAGCCUCUCCUCGAUCAAGGUUGUUACAUCUAAAACCUGAUACUUUAUUUAGUAUCACCCUUAUAGCUUGUUGCUCUAGUGAUCAUAGAUAACAAAGAGAGGAAAUUGAUUCGUUUUCCUCAAAUUCUUACGUUGAGUUAUGUAUGUAUGAUGAUGGAUGUUUAAGAGCCAGCCAUUAUAAAUAAAGAGAAUUGUGAUCACAA